GACGUGGGGGGGGGCGGGGAGGAGGGGGCCGAGGCCCCCCUGCGGAAGACUUUAUCCGAGACGUGCAGAUUUUCGACGCGACGACGACCGUUCAGGCACCGAGUGCCGACGUGGUGGAUCGACUGAGAGCCGUGAGCUUGGAUGUGGAUGUGGAGGCGAUCACCUUGCCCCUCCGUCCCUGCCUGGGCUCGGCGGGGACGCCCGUGCGCGUGCUCACGAACCAUUACAAGACGUCGUUGGACGGGAACAAGGUCCUCUACCAGUACGACGUGGCCAUCGCCGAGGCGAGCGGGCAACCCAUCGAUAAGCUCCCGGCGCUCAAGUCCCGGAUGAUUUUGAAGGCGGCCUUGGCCCAAGCGCGAAGUCCGGACAUCCCUGCGCUUCCCGUGGCGUACGACGGCCAGAAGAAUUUAUUCACCGUCAACGACACCGUGCUGGGGGGUACUCGCACCCUGACCGCGCGUCUGGAGCGGAAAGGGGGCGGGAAGAAGAAGAAGAAGGAGGAAGAGCAGUCCUUGGAUGAGUACAGGGUCCAGGUGCAAAUGGUGGGGGAGCGGCGCAUGACGGAUAUCGUCGAUUACGUGCAGGGCCGGGACACCUCCGCCCGGCCUCAGGAUAUGAUCAAUGCCCUUGAUGUGGUUAUGAAGGAAGAGGCCCUGAAGCUGUACGUAGAGAUUGGCCGCGCCAAAUUUUUCUCGCCCGAGAACCCGGCCACCAUUUUCAACGGUCUCUUCCAUGCCUACCGGGGUUUCUUCCAGUCCCUCCGCCCCACCCAGUCGGGUCUAACCUUGAAUGUGGACCAGGCGGUGGCGGCCGUGAUGCGGGACCAGCCCUUGGAGGAGUUUGUGGGCGCCUUGCUGCACAUGGAUGCCCCCCCCCGCCGGUUGGAUGAGCGACAGGCACGGGCGGUUUCCAAGGCCGUGAAGGGGCUGAAAAUCGAGGUGACACACCGGUCCAGCGGGCGUACCUACACCGUCAUGGGUCUCUCCCCACAGCCUGCCGACCAGAUCCGCUUUAUGAACGAGGAAGUGGGGGCGGAACAGACGAUUGCGGCCUACUUUCAAAGCAAGUACAAGAAGCAGCUUCGGUAUCCCUCCCUUCAUUGCGUGCGCAUGGGCUCCAAACGCAAGCCCACGUUCUUCCCCAUCGAGGUGUGCAAGGUGGUGGCGGGGCAGCGGAUCCCGGAGCAGUUUAUCCCGAACGUAGCGGCGGACAUUGUGGACAUCGCCGCGGUGCCUCCCUCCAACAGGUUCAACAAAGUAUAUAAGCAGGUGCAGGCGAUCGCAGCGUCGGGGAAGCUGGCGGCCCAGUUUGGGUUGAAAUUGGAGCCCAAGGUCCUGCGCGUCAAAGGCCGUUUUUUGCCCAGUCCGCGGACCUUGGAAAACGUCCCCGAGUCUAGACGUGCAGCGAUUGCCGCCUCAACACAACGGCAUCAAGGCACAGGACAGCCCGAUCGUGAAGGAGGCAUACUAAGAGGGAAUACAGGGCCAGGCGACCACGGAGGAAGAGAAAGAGGGUUGGCAGAGCAGGGUGGAGGUGGCGGGGGUUCGACGUUGAACAUCAAGUGUAUAAAUUGUGCGGAGGAGGGAUUGGCCAUGAAAGCGAGGGCGUACAUGGAAGCACCGCCCAUGUCGGUGGUGCUGUGUGCGAACCGUUUGCAGGAUAGACGGGAGAUGGAAGAGGCCUUGGUGCACGAGCUCGUUCAUGUUUACGAUCACGCCCUCGUUCAAAUGGAUUUGACUACCUGCAAGGACCUUGCCUACAGCGAGUGUGUGCAGAGCACGGCCACACGCUCUACCGCUACCAUUUUCCCCACCGAAGGCGCGGCGUGUGUGGCGGCGGUGUUUGAAAAGGCGUACCGGGAUGUGGGGCCCAAGAAAUUGCACGGGGACUUGGCAAUCGGGGCCGGGGAAAGUGGGGGAGGACGGCUUUUAGGAGGGGUCGCCAAGCCAGCCCCGUCGCCCGCCAGCCGCGCCGCCACGGCCGCUUCGUUACCUUCUAGAAUGUUCCCCGCGUUCCCGGGGUCCUCCUCUUCCCCCUCCUCCUCCCCCCGCGUGAGCCUCUUUCCUCUUUCCCACGCGCAGUCCGAAGGGGGCCUGGCCAAGGCCUUGGCGGGUGCCUUCGGCCUGGGAUCUCCAGGGGCAAAGGAGGGAUCGAGGGCGUGA